UGAAGAAAUGGACAAUGAAUCACUCGCAUGCAUCUUCUUCUUCGUCUUCGUCGACGGCGAUGAGGGCUAGAGCCUCUUCGUCUGCCUCCCUGGGGGUCUCACUGCAUCACAUUCUUGAGGUUCGCGGCGGACCUUUGAAUGAAAUUGAAUGCUGGUCACUCUUGGGACAAACAGGUCAUGCUCUGCAAGAUCGCCUCUUGAGCAUCAAUGGCAGGAGACAGACGGAGCCAAAGCAAAACGGCCGGCGAAGGCUGGAGUAUCCAAACCAAAUGCAGCAGAGUGCCUCAUUGGCUAAUCUCCACUCGGCAUCUCCCUGGCAUCUCUCAGGCACUUCUCCUCACCUUCUCGUGAUUACUCCUCAAAGACUAUUGUGCAGUGUGUCCGGCAAAGUGGUCGUGGACUCGUUCGAUCAAAAUCAAUGUCAGAACCUCCUCGAGAGGGAAAAUAAUGAAGUCCAAUUGGAAGCUGCUUACCGACAUCCUCUCCUCAAGAACCAUCCGGGCACCUCCAUCACCUCAACCCCCACGGACUUCGUGGAGCGAGAUUUGGAGGCAUUCGGCGUGUACUCCCUGGCCCGAACCAUUCAAUUUGGCUUGAGCUACAACACGCAACAGCCAUCACCAAAGAGCAACAAUCAUAGCAAUUUCAUGUCAGACCAGAAGGGCUCACUGGAGCUUCGUGAACUCUUGCAGGGGAUGCAGAGGCCGAAUCCCAGUCAGAGUAUCUCCUUGUUGGAGCUCCUGCAGAGAGUCUCUGACCAUUGGCAAACGAUUGUGGGCUCGUCACCUAUUUCCCGCUUUAUAUCCCAGCUGUAUCGCCUCACCGCAACCCAAUCCCAUGCCAAGUCAAACACUUUCAUGCCCUAUUCAAGCUCUUGCUCGGCCAUAGCGCUCACCAACCAUGACGAGCGUACCAAUGCCAUACUAAAUCAAUGCCUGAUUGACCCUGUGGCCACGGCAGCCGCACCUCCCAUGAUUGAAGUGGAAUUUUCUCGCCUCGACACGUCUUCCUCGUCGUCUUGUGAGUCAUCGCCAUCUUCGCCUGUCCCUCCCACUUCGUCACAGUCCUCGGAGCUGCAGAACCACCCCUUGGCCUCACCUUUAACCACGUCGUUGCCCAAUUUGAACAAUAACCAUAAAGAAGGAAAAAUUGAAGCGCAAAUGUCAGGUGAACAGGGAGGGAGCCGUCAGAAUAUUCAUCGGCCAUCGAUACAUCACCUUGGCCAGGACAACUCAGAAGAAAGGAGGUGGACCAGGGAGAGACGCCUGGGAGCUUCCACCACAUACCUCCACAACUCGACCAGUCGCCCAUAUCAGCCUUCUCACAGAGGAGGCAACCCAAGCUCAUCGUCCAGGAGCUCUCUGGUGUCGCGAACUACCUCCAAUGGGGCGCUCGAUUAUGAGAAUAUUAACAUGGAAGCAAAUCUCAAUCGGGAGAAAAGUCACUCCACAACUCAUGAUACGCUCGUAUUGAACCUUCCUGUCACGCCAAGUGCUCAACCAAAGAGGGGAAGAGGACCAGCCACCCUCAUCACAACCACCUCCAAACGGGCGGCAGCAGGAGCAACAACAACAACGGCUUCCUCUACCAUUCACAAGCACCACCAUCAGCCAAACCAACCCUUGAAUGGGGACCCAGGUGAGCUGGCUGGCUUGAGCAAUAAAAGCUGCAAUGCUACCACCACCCCACUCAAUCGCAGAAGAGUUCAACGAAAUCCUUCGCGGCUCUACAGAGUAGUGAGACCCUUGGCCGAGAUUACACCUACUCCAAGUCCGGCGACCAAACGUUGCAUUGGUCCUGAAUUUGUGGUCAUGUCAGACAAUGACCCAAUUGUCAUUGACUUGGCCUCACACUCGUCAUCUCGGAAGGAUUCACUAACCAAACAGGUCUCUGUUGUGCUUCUGAAUGGACAACGUGUCACCGUGUACUGCAGCCCGUUGUUGAUGACGAUUGGCGAGCUGCUCGAUCAGAUCCUCAGCUACCAGGAUAUGAAGGAAACGUGUUACUACGGCUUGGCCCUUCAAGUGGAUCGUGAGUUUUGGAUUCUUGCCUCGGACACCAAGUUGAGUAAAGUGGCUCCAAGCACUUGGAAGGAUUCUCGCUUCACUGGAUGCUCUCCGUUCACGCUUCAUCUUCGAUUCAAGUAUUUGCCGGAUUCCAUGGACUCGUUCAAGGACCCGAACAACAUGCAUCAGUUCUACCUUCAACUCCGCUCCGACGUGAUCGAUGGUCUGUAUCAGAUGUCCCAGGCUCAACACAUCGGGUUGGCUGGAAUGGCCCUUCAGACUGAAUUCGGUGACUUCUCGGAAGACAUCCAUGGAGAUGGAUACUACUUUAUCUUGGACCACUAUUUGCCGCGUCAUGUCAUCAGGCAAUUAGGUGAGGAUGAAGCGCGUCAAAGCGUGAGCAGAUUACAUAGAGCACAUCUUGGGCAGAGCCAGAGCAAGACUGAAUUGAAAUAUUGUAAGGAAAUCCAGCGGCUCGAUAAUUUCGGCUUCCACACGUUCUCCGUUCAGGAGACGAAGAAGACUUCGUCCACUUUGAACCUGUCGAGUAGUUCUGCUUCAUCAACGAGUCACCAUCAACUUCAUCCCCAUCAGUCAUGUGGCAAAAUUGGUGCCCGACAUAUUGGAGUUCAUUUGCAAGGAAUGUUCCUUUUCGAGACUUCCAAAGAUCCCGCUGUCUCGCACAAGAUCAUCGGUUCGUUCUCUUGGCAUCAAAUCAGUCGGAUCCAGUACGACAAGAGUCGCUUCCAGCUCUCCGUCCAGGAUAGCGAAGAUAAGGAGAAGACCUUCAAAUUGAAGUUCUACGUGGCAGAACUCAAAGCCAAGGUGAUGUUUGAUCUGUCGUCAGCUCAUCAUCAAUUCUAUAUCCAGCAGCGCUGGAAUUCAGCCAAGAACCUGGCCAACGGAGGAGGGGCAGGGGGAGGAAUGGGAUCAGGAGUUGGCAUGGAGGACUCAAGUCAGAGGAAAAGGGGUAACAACAAUGGGAGUGAUCAAGUCGAAUAUCGAGAGCCCAAGGAGAAGACCAUCCGAAGCUUGAAGAAUCGUCUCCUCCCCAAACGACAGAUAAGCCAAAGAAAAAUCUACACCAAGAACUCGUCGUUACGCUCCUCGACACCUUCAGUGUCUAGUGGUCAUUCAUCCACCUCCGUGAGUAGCAGGACCAACUCCAGACGAAGCUCAACGGGUUCUGCGACAACGGGUGCAAAAUUAAUGGUCAAACGUCUCACUCACUACACCUCGAUGGCCAACACCAAGGAUCACAAGAAAGACUCUUUUGUCGCGGAGACAGCAGGUUGCUCUCCAAAUAAAAUGGAGGAAGACAGUCAGCUAAAUACCAGUAACAAGGAGAAUCAGACGCCCAACUCCAGGCAUCAGAGCUACCGAUACAAGGUCUACUUGGAACCCGAGGAAGAUGACAACCCUCAGGGAGCACAUAACCAAGUGGAUAGUUCACGUCAACCGCUCCAGGAGAAGCCCAUCUCACAACUUCAAAGUCAGCCCACCUCACCCUCCCCUCCUCCACUGCCAAGGAGGACUCGAGCAUCCACAAUUAUGGCAGCUCGUCGUCGAAUCCCCUCCAUUGCCACGUCAACCAAUGCCAACAACCAGCACCGACGCCGAUCGGAGACCCAGGUUCGAACCCCCGCCACGACCAAGACACCCAUCAUGACCGGCUCUCGGAGGCAAACCCGGAAGAGCAUGGGCGGAGCGGGAGGUGUGCCCAAUAGUGCAAAUAGCAACAGUGUCAGAAUGGGAACUCGAAUCUCGGCCUCAGCAUUGCAUCGGGAACGCUUACGAUUGGCCAGCGAAAUGGGCACCCCGUUGCCCCCUGCUCCGAAAAAACGCUCCCUGGACCUGGAUUAUGACACCAUGGAGGUCAAAUCCCUCCUCCUCCCGCCCAAACCACCCAGUCUGAGCUCGAUUGGCUCGAUUGCUUCGAGUAUGGGCAUUCAAACCGUGAUCGAAAACCGAGCGUUGCCCUAUGAUAUGAAUCACGAGGAGAGUCUCACGGAUUCUCUGAUCGAACGUUUUGAUAAUAUGGAAUCUGAGGAUAGCGAACCCGAACGACAAAUCGUGAUGGUGACCCUGACUAAAGAUCCUCAAGGCAAAUUGGGCCUCAAGAUCACUGGCACUCCCAGUGGUAUCUACAUUGAUCGGAUCGACGUAGAUGUAGCCAAAAUACAAGGGCACCUGAAGAUUGGUGACCGAAUCGUGGCCAUCAACGGUCGAUCUUUGGAGAAUGUCCCAUACUCAGGAGCACUUCAGCUCAUCAAAAACUCGAUGGACGAUAUUCAAUUUCUGGUCUCCCAAAUCAAGGGUUAAAUGCGUUGAAUGGCUCCGAUCGCUCGCCCUGUUGAACUUCAUAGAGCAACACCUCCUACCCCUAUUAGUCAAAAAACGCAGCUUUCCUCACGCAUUACAAUCACCUUCCUUUACCUGUCUGUUAAAUAAAGUAGAAGCCUAUGUGCAGUUGAUUUAUGAAUAAAUAUCAUGACUUUUUUGCAA